AGGAGCCGCCGCCAUUUUGGUUUCGCUGCCUCGGCUCGGAGCUGGGCCGAAGCGGCGGCCGGUCGGUCCCGGUCCCGCCCUGGCCCCGUCCCCGCGGGCGGCCCGGGGAAGAUGCGGCGCGGAGGAGAACGUCCUCGGCCCCGGCCGCGUUGUCGCUGACACGAGUAGAAGAUGCUGGCUGCCAGUAGCAGAACAGAUCUUCUGUGGAACAUAUCUCUGUAAAUCUUCCCUAAAAUUAACCCCAAGGCACCUCUUCUGCCUGUGAUGGACCCUCGGAAUACUGCUAUGUUAGGCUUGGGUUCUGAUUCUGAAGGGUUUGCUGGGAAAAGCCCCUCUGUAGUAAACAUUGGCACGUUGGUGGGGAAAGGAGAAGUCGAGCUAGAGAGUUGCACCAAGGAAGAAGACGACGGGAAGAAGAAGAACCGGGAGGGGAACAGUGCAGAGAAUGGGAAGAACGAGGCUCUGACUGAUGCACAGCAACAGUUCUCAGUGAAAGAAACAAACUUUUCAGAGGGCAACUUGAAACUGAAGAUUGGUCUUCAAGCAAAACGAACCAAAAAGCCUCCCAAGAACCUGGAGAAUUAUGUGUGCAGGCCUGCUAUAAAAACCAGCAUCAAGCAACCCAGAAGGGCACCCAAGAGUGGGAAGAUGACAGAUGAGAAGAACGAGCACUGCCCUUCCAAACAAGACCCUUCAAAGUCGUACAAGAAAGCGGGAGAAGUGACAACAGUUGAGUUACAUGUGGAAGAAGGUACACAAGUAGAAACAAAUCCUUUAUCUAAGAAAGUUUCCCCAUUGCACUCUGAAAUGACAGAUUAUAUAAAGUCACCUCCUCCAACUCUUAUCAGUAGCCAUAAUUCUGACUUAAAGGAUAGAACACAAAUUAAUGGAGCAACUACUGUCACAGAGAAAUUGGCUCAACUUAUUGCAACUUGUCCUCCUUCAAAGUCUUCCAAAACAAAGCAAAAGAAGCCUGGAAAUGGAACUGCAUCUGGUUUGGUUAAAGACCCUGGGAAGAAGCUGCCAGGAACCAUAACUGCAAGUGGGUUAGUUAGUAAAGAUUUGGUAAAGAAACUGCCAGUAUCUGCUAUUGCUGUUGGAUUGGUUAACAAGGACUCAGGGAAGAAGCCAUUAGGGAUUGGUAAUGCAGCCAUAUUGGUUAACAAAGACUCUGGGAAGAAGCCACAAGGAAUGGGCCCGUUAAUUGGAUUGGUUAACAAGGACUCUGGCAAGAGGCCGCCGGGGAUCAGCACUCCAGCUGGGUUAGUGAGCAAGGACUCUGGAAAGAAACAGCCAGUAACCAGCUCUGCAGUUGGGUUAAUCAGCAAAGAUGUUGGGAGGAAACUCCCUGCUAUCAACACUCCACCUGCACUGACUAAUAAGGAGCCUGUGAAAAAGCCAGUGGGGCUUGGCACUCCAGCAGCGUUGAUUAACAAGGAUGCUGGGAAGAAGUUGUUGGGAAUAAGUAGUCCUCCAGGACUGGUUAACAAGGAUUGUGGGAGAAAGAUACCAGGGACUGGCAACACAACAGUUGUGACAAACAAAGACUCUGGGAGGAAGACACCAGGGAUUGGCAGCCCAGUUGGCCCAGUUAACAAGGACUCUGGGAGGAAGAUAACAGGAAUGAGCGGUCCGGUGGGAUUGGUCAGCAAGGACUCUGGGAAGAAGCCAACGGGAAUGAGCAGCCCGGUUGGUUUGGUCACCAAGGACUCUGGAACUCUGAAAGCAGACUCUCUUAGCCCUGCCUCAGAGCCCUUCAAGCUUCCUUGCAAUUCAAACCUCAGUAGCCUUGAAAGCCACGAGACUACAGAUUUACUGAAGGAAAACAGCAGCGGCAAGAGCUUUGAGAAGCACGUGCUGAGACAGAGCAAAGAAAGCAUCUUGGACAAGUUCUCAAUUCGGAAAGAAAUCGCUGAUGUAGGCAAAGAGAUGUUUAAUGAAGGAAUGUGUCCCCCACAGGAUGCUUACUCCAGCAGUGAAAAAGGGAUCUAUGAAACAUCUAAGCACGAAAAGCAACCUCCAGUCUACUGCACUUCACCAGACUUCAGAACAGGGGGUGCUUCGGACGUCUCGACGGCAAAGUCCCCGUUCAGUGCGGUGGGAGAGGGGAAUCUCCCAUCACCUUCUCCCACAGUGUCUGUUACCACCUUAAACAGGAGCCUCUCCACAGCAUCUUCCCACUUAGCAUCCAGCUCCUCCUCCUUGCAUCUAAGUUCCACGGCUGAUCUUUUAGAGGGGAUCUCGGAUCAGAUGGGCAAAACUCAGUUUGCUACUGACAGCAGCCUCCUGAACCUCAACAGGACAUUGAACCGUCCUCUGAGCACCGAUUUUAAAGGUGCUGACAAAGAUUCAAACGAUUCCAAAGCAACUUAUGUUGAGACUUCAAGAACCAGUCCCUCUACAGGGAAAAAACCCAUUUUGGCAGCUGAAACAAGCAUUCAUGCCACUGUCACCCCUUCAGUCGUUAGUUUCACAAGCUUGUUUAGCAGCAAGCAGUUCCUAAAGAUCGGGGCAAUAGCUUCAUCAGAGAAAUCCUGCCAAGGAGCAAAAAACCUGAGCUCAGCUCAGCAAUCCAAACCUUUAAAGAAGAGAAAAGGAAGGAAACCACGAUGGACUAAAGUGGUGUCGAGGAGCACGUGUCGGCCCCCAAAGGGUCUGGAGCUUGAAAGGUCAGAGCUCUUCAAAAACAUUUCAUACACUGCACUGUCGAGCAGUAAUUUGGAACAGGCCAAAUUCUUGAAGAACAUAGGGUCAGCUUCCUUCGUGGAGCACGAGUUUGUCAAGCAUCAGCUGCCAAAACUGAACGAAGCUAACGGACAGUCUCUCGCUCUCUUAGCUGAGAGUGACAAACAAACUCCAAAGUUCUACAGUUCUCACAAGCAACCUUCUGGUUUGUGUAUGUCAGAUGAUUUCUUACCUGACAUGUAUAAACCCAAAAGGGGGAGACCCAAAUCCAAGGAGAUGCCAGAGCUCGAGGGACCUCCCAAGAGAACUUUAAAGAUCCCGGCAUCGAAAGUCUUUUCGGUGCAGUCAAAAGAAGAGCAAGAACCUCCUAUUUUGCAGCCUGAAGUUGAAAUUCCCUCCUUAAAACAGAGCUUAUCAGGACAAGCUUUUCCUAAAAAGAGAGGGAGACCUAAAAGGCAGAUCAGGUCCUCGAUUAAAAUGAAGCCCCCCAUCCUCUCCGUGGCACCUUUCGUCGGAACGGAGAGCUCGAGCAAAAUGGGAUCGGAAAGCGAUCAACAUCCAAGUGGGGAUUUUUUUGAGAGAAAGGAGCAGCUUCGAGGGCCAGAAGUCAUCCAAAGCCCUAAUAUUUGUAGCAUGAGCGAUUUGGAAGUAGACUCAGACAGAAAAGUCGCCAAGAGAAACAACGGCCAGUUAAUGAAAACGAUUAUUCGGAAGAUCAACAAAAUGAAAACUCUGAAGCGAAAGAAGCUCUUGAAUCAGAUUCUGUCGAGUACUGUGGAACCAAAUAACAAAGGGAAAGUGCAAUCUAAACUCCACAACACGGUGUCAACUCUUGCUGCAACGUUUGGGUCAAAGUUAGGCCAGCAAAUCAACGUCAGCAAGAAAGGAACCAUUUAUAUAGGGAAAAGGAGAGGGAGGAAACCGAAAGCCGUCUUGAACGGGAUUCUAAGCGGCGGUUCUGCUGGCCUGACAGUCCUUGAGAAGUCUGCUCAGCAAGGUCCUGGUACGUCCUUAGGACAAGUACUUCCCCAUUUGCUGCCUUCAACAGCUACUAGUUCAGAGAUUCUGCCAUCUCCAGCUUGCUCCCAGUCGUCUGUGGUGAGCGGGGGGCAGAGCCCCGUGGGCAGCGACGCGGGUUUCAUCGAGCCCAGCUCCGUGCCCUAUUUACACAUCCACUCCAGGCAAGGGAGUGUUGUCCAGACCCUUGCCAUGAAGAAAGCUGCAAAGGGAAGGAGGAGAUUAUCUCCCCCAACCUUGUUGCCAAACUCUCCUUCUCACUUGAGCGAGCUGCCGUCGUUGAAAGAAGCCACUCCGUCCCCAGUCAGCGAGUCCCACAGCGACGAGACCAUUCCCAGCGACAGCGGGAUAGGGACAGACAACAACAGCACCUCGGAUCGAGCCGAAAAGUUUUGUGGGCAGAAGAAGAAAAGACAUUCCUUUGAUCACGUUUCCCUUCUCCCCCCUGAAACUUCCACUGUCUUGAGUAACCUGAAAGAAAAACACAAACACAAGUGCAAGCGCCGCGGCCACGAUUACCUCAGCUACGACAAAAUGAAGAGGCAGAAGAGGAAAAGGAAAAAGAAAUACCCUCAGCUCCGUGGGAGGCAGGACCCAGAUUUCCUGGCUGACUUGGAAGAGUUGAUCAGUCGCCUGAGUGAGAUCCGAAUCACCCACAGGAGUCAUCACUUCAUUCCCCGGGACCUGCUGCCCACCAUCUUUAGGAUAAACUUCAAUAGUUUCUACACUCAUCCCACUUUCCCUUUAGAUCCUUUGCACUACAUUAGGAAACCUGAUCUAAAGAAAAAGAGAGGCAGGCCUCCCAAAAUGCGAGAGGCUAUGGCAGAAAUGCCCUUUAUGCAUAGUCUUGGCUUUCCUCUCUCCAGCACCGGGUUCUACCCCUCCUACGGCAUGCCUUACUCUCCAUCUCCCCUCGCAGCUGCCCCCAUUGGCUUAGGCUACUAUGGAAGGUACCCUCCAACCCUUUAUCCUCCUCCACCUUCUCCUUCUUUUACUACCCCUCUGCCACCACCUUCCUACAUGCACACAGGUCAUUUGCUUCUCAAUCCCACCAAAUACCACAAGAAAAAACACAAACUCCUCCGCCAGGAAGCUUUCCUCACCACAAGCAGGACUCCACUGCUGUCCAUGAGCACGUACCCCAGCGUUCCACCUGAGAUGGCCUAUGGCUGGAUGCUGGAACAUAAGCACAGGCACCGCCAUAAACACAGAGAACAUCGUUCUUCAGAGCAGCCCCAGGUUUCCAUGGACGCCAUAACGGCCAAUAGCUCCCCACGAACGGUUCUGGAGUCCUUGAAACGCUACAGGUUUGGGAAAGAGGCUGUGGGUGAGAGGUACAAACAUAAAGAGAAACACAGAUGUCACAUGUCUUGUCCACACCUCUCGCCUUCCAAGGGUUUGUUAAGCAGAGACGAACAGUGGGUCAGGAGAGAGCCUUCGGAGUCUAAUUCCUUAGCCCUGGGAUUGCAAACGCCCUUACAGAUAGACUGUUCAGAGAAUCCCCCAGGGCUGUCCUUGGGGGGAUUUACUCCAAGCUCUGAGCCAGCCACCACCGAGGAACACACAAACCUUUUCACAAGUGCAAUAGGCAGCUGCAGAGUCACCAACUCUGCCAGCAGCAACGGACGGAAAAAGUUACCCGAGAGCCCCGGCCUGUUCGGCGCCCAGGACACGGCCCUCGCCCGACCUCUCCGAAAGGAAGCCUUGCCUUCCCUUGAAAAGGCACUGCAGCCACUCUCAGGCACUUUGCCAACACAGGACAAACCUUCCCAGAGGCAGUCAGAGAGCACAAACUGCAGCCCAUCCAGAAAGAGAUCAACGUCUGAGAGCACAUCUUCUACAGUGAUUGGAGUCCCUGCCCGAGGAGCAAGGCUGGCAUCUGCUGGGGAGGAUUCAGUGGACAGCUUACUGCAACGAAUGGCACAGCAUGACAGCCAGGCCACUUUGGACAAAACCUUAGAAGCAGUCAUUGCAAACGUGUCUGUUCCACCCUCAGCUAGUCCUGCUCGAAACCACCCUAGGGAAAGAAGUCUGGGCAAACAAGACAACCUUGUAGCUCCAGCCAUUCCCAGCAGCUCCUGCAGCGACAGCAUCUCGCUUCUGUCAGACAGAUUACCAAACAGCUACUCCCCACAUCACCUCAAGAGGAGUGUGGUUGAAGCCAUGCAACGCCAAGCUAGGAAAAUGUGCAAUUACAACAAGAUCUUGGCAACAAAAAAAAAUCUUGACCAUGUCAAUAAAAUCCUGAAAGCCAAAAAGCUGCAAAGACAGUCCAGGACUGGGAAUAACUUCGUGAAGCGUAGGCCAGGUAGACCCAGGAAAUACCCAAUGCAGGCUGUUGUUUCAAUGCAAGCUUUCCAAGCAGCAAGACUGGUCAGUCAGGAGUUAGAUAAAGGAGAAGAAAGCAGCAGUCCCUUACAUCUUGGACCUGAUACCAUCACAGAUGUGAUUGAAGCUGUGGUGCAGAGUGUCAACUUGAAUCCAGAGCAUCGGAAAGGCUGGAAGAGAAAGAGGUGGCUUGCAGAGGAACAGGCCAGGAAACGACAGAAGCCUUUACCAGAAGAUGAACAGGAGAGCAAUAAGAGUUUUCCUGAGACAGUAGCUGAACCUCCCAGUCCACAUGAUGCCCUUGGGAAACCACAGGAACCUGAAAACACUGAAAAGCCUUUGCCAUCUCUGCCCCAGCGUGAGAAAAAAGCCCCUCGACCCCCAAAGAAGAAGUACCAGAAGGCAGGGCUCUACUCUGAUGUGUACAAAACAACAGACCCAAAGAGCCGCCUCAUCCAAUUAAAGAAGGAAAAGCUGGAGUACACUCCUGGAGAGCACGAGCAUGGAUUGUUCCCAGCCCCUAUUCACGUUGGAAAGUAUCUCAGACAAAAGCGAAUCGACUUCCAGCUGCCUUACGACAUCCUCUGGCAGUGGAAACACAAUCAGUUGUAUAAAAAGCCAGAUGUGCCACUGUACAAAAAGAUCCGGUCUAAUGUCUAUGUGGAUGUCAAACCUCUUUCUGGCUACGAGGCCACUACCUGCAAUUGCAAGAAACCAGAUGAUGACAAUGGAAAGGGCUGUGUGGAGGAUUGUCUGAACAGGAUGAUCUUUGCAGAGUGUUCACCAAACACCUGCCCUUGUGGUGACCAGUGUUGUAAUCAGAGGAUACAGAGGCAUGAGUGGGUGCAGUGCCUGGAGAGGUUCCGGGCUGAGGAGAAAGGAUGGGGUAUUCGUACCAAGGAACCCCUGAAAGCAGGACAGUUUAUCAUUGAAUAUCUGGGAGAAGUUGUUAGUGAGCAAGAAUUCAGGAACAGGAUGAUUGAGCAGUACCAUAACCACAGUGAUCAUUACUGCCUGAACUUAGACAGCGGGAUGGUGAUUGAUAGCUACCGGAUGGGCAACGAGGCUCGUUUCAUCAACCACAGCUGUAACCCCAACUGUGAGAUGCAGAAAUGGUCUGUUAAUGGUGUUUACAGAAUUGGAUUGUAUGCCCUUAAGGACAUGCCUGCUGGUACUGAAUUGACUUAUGACUACAAUUUUCAUUCAUUUAACGUUGAAAAACAGCAACUCUGCAAAUGUGGUUUUGACAAGUGCAGAGGAAUCAUUGGAGGCAAAAGCCAGCGAAUGAAUGGACUUUCAAACAAAAGCAAUCAGCCUGUGAGCACCCACAGAAGGCCUGGAAGGUCGAAAGAGAAAAGGAAGUCAAAGCACAAACUAAAGAAGAGAAAGGGCCACAUCCCAGAGGAACCCAGCGAGAGUGUGAGUGCACCAACAAGGCUGACACCCCAGCUUCAGAUGAAGCCCAUGUCUAACAGAGAAAGGAACUUUGUGCUAAAACACCACGUGUUUUUGGUACGAAACUGGGAGAAGAUUCGCCAGAAGCAGGAGGAGGUGAAGCACGUGAGUGACACCAUCCACAGCACGUCGCUGUACACCCGCUGGAACGGCAUCUGCCGGGACGAUGGCAACAUCAAAUCUGAUGUUUUCAUGACCCAGUUUUCAGCCCUCCAGACCUCUCGCUCUGUGCGAACGCGGCGCUUGGCUGCGGCUGAGGAGAACCUGGAGGUGGCUCGUGCUGCCCGCCUGGCACAGAUCUUCAAGGAGAUAUGUGACAGCAUCAUCUCCUAUAAAGAUUCCUCCAGGCAGGCUCUUGCAGCUCCCCUCCUGAACCUACCCCCAAAGAAAAAAAAUGCAGACUAUUAUGAGAAGAUCUCUGACCCCUUGGACCUUGCCACAAUUGAGAAACAGAUCUUGACUGGCUAUUAUAAAACUGUGGAAGCUUUUGAUGGGGACAUGCUGAAGGUCUUCAGAAAUGCAGAGAAAUACUACGGUAGGAAGUCUCCCACGGGCCGGGACGUGUGCAGGCUGCGCAAAGCUUAUUACAGCGCCCGGCACGAGGCCUCUGCCCAGAUCGAUGAGAUCGUGGGGGAAACAGGGAGUGAAGCUGACAGCAGUGAGACAUCAGUGUGUGAGAAGGAGAACGGGCACGAGAAGGAUGAGGAUGUGAUCCGCUGCAUCUGUGGCCUCUACAAAGAUGAAGGGCUCAUGAUCCAGUGUGAAAAGUGCAUGGUGUGGCAGCACUGUGACUGCAUGGGGGUGAACUCUGAUGUUGAGCAUUACUUGUGUGAACAGUGUGAACCUCGAUCUGUCAACAGGGAGGUUCCCAUGAUCCCUCGUCCCCAUUAUGCCCAGCCUGGCUGUGUUUAUUACAUCUGCUUGUUAAGGGAUGAUCUGCUGCUGCGCCAAGGUGAUUGUGUUUACCUGAUGAGAGACAGCCGCAGGACCCCAGACGGACACCCCGUGCGUCAGUCCUAUCGGCUCCUGUCCCACAUCAACAGGGACAAACUCGACAUCUUCCGCAUUGAAAAGCUCUGGAAAAACGAGAAAGAGGAGAGGUUUGCAUUUGGCCAUCAUUACUUCCGACCCCACGAAACUCAUCACUCCCCUUCCCGCAAGUUUUACCACAACGAGCUGUUCCGGGUGCCCCUGUAUGAAAUCAUCCCCCUAGAGGCUGUGGUGGGAACCUGCUGUGUCCUUGACCUGUACACCUACUGCAAAGGGAGGCCAAAGGGUGUGAAGGAGCAGGACGUGUACAUCUGUGACUACCGCCUGGACAAAUCCGCUCACCUCUUCUACAAGAUCCACCGGAACCGUUACCCUGUGUGCACCAAGCCCUACGCCUUCGACCACUUCCCCAAGAAACUCACCCCCAAGAGAGACUUUUCACCUCAUUAUGUACCAGACAACUACAAGAGAAAUGGAGGCAGGUCAUCCUGGAAAACAGAUCGUCCAAAGCCACAGCUUAAAGAUUUAAACCAAGAAGAAGAUUCUCUUCCACUUAUUGAGGAUGUUUUAGGAAACCAGGAUCAAACUCCAAGUGAGAUGCCCAGCCUGGAAGAGCCAGAAAAAGAAGCAGCCUCUAGUGAGACCUGUGCAACGGAGAAGAAGGUGGAAGAAAGCAGUUCUGACACGAGGCAGCUCUGCACUCCAGAGGAAAGGCGGCACAUCCAGAGAGAGAGACUCAAUCAGAUCCUGCUCAACCUCCUAGAGAAAAUCCCAGGGAAAAAUGCUAUUGAUGUCACAUAUUUGCUAGAGGAAGGGUCAGGAAGAAAGCUGAGGCGACGCACACUCGCCAUCCCCGAGAGCAGCUUCAGGAAAUGAUCACCACAAAGAGAAUCUGCUCCCACAAAACCCAACCUCCUGGGGACUGAAGGCAGGAGCCCCAACUUCCUCUGCACCAAGCCAAGGAAAAGAGGGCAAAGCAGAAAACUGACAAAUACUUAACAAAACAGUUAGCACUUAGAUGUGUGGGUGGGCAGGUUGCCCUGCCCCUGCUCUGCAGUGCUCUUCUGGUGUGUGUGUUGUUGGGCGUGCCUUGUAUUGAUGUUAGGUACUGAGAACACAAACCUCGUGGUUAUUGUCCAGGAUGGUCAAAGUUAAUUUAUUUUUUGCUUGAUAUUCCCACUCAGAGGAAAAAAAAAAGUAUAUAUAUAUAAAAGAUGGGGAGGUGAGGCAGAGAAAUGACUGAUUUAUUGAGGAGAAUGUUCCCCCACAUUCACCAGUUUUAACCUGUGGUCGUACCAGAAUAACCAGCUGGGAGAGGGGAAGGUCCCAAUGGCUUCAAAACAAGGAAAGGCUGCCCUAAAAGCCUCUGAUUUGCACAAGUUCCAAGAAGAAAGAAACAUACCCAAAACCUCCAAAAGGUUUUGACAAAGGAGAAGCUUGUCCAGAGUCACCUCGGAGAGAGUUUGGUGGUCGAGACGCUCGUUGUGUGGUGGGGAAGAGGAGGAGGGGGAAAGGGUGUGAGGAAGAUGAUGAUGAUGAUGAUGAUGAGUAUUCUUUUUCACCUUAUUUUUUUUUCCUUCUUCUUCUGCAGAGAAGUUUUAUAAAGCAAGUCAAAUCCUGACAACACCAUAGCUGUUGGUUUUUUUGCUAAGCCCGUGGUUCUCGUGCGUCUUUGAGUGUGUCGUGAGAGUCCAAAAAGCUCUUAAAAAGGACAAAAAGAAAGACAAAAAAAAGAGAAAAAACAAAGAAAAACCAAAAAAAAAAUAAGAGAAACUUUCACUACAUGAACCUGUCAGAACAGUAUUUGUUGUGAACUGUAGAAUAUAUCAACUGCUAACACUAUUCUUGUGAUCUGGUUGUACAGCUUAAAGAAACGUCCGUGUCUCUCUUAAAUUAAGAGCCAGCGUAUCCCACUCCUCCCUUCUCCCUAAUCCCCCUCCCCUCCAAAAAUACAUCAACCCCAGGCCCAAGGCAACAACCCCAAGCCCUCAAUUCUCCCAGUGGGACAUGGCCACAGCCACAAUCCCCUCCCUAAGGGGAAGCCACCAUUGCCACGAGAGGUGGUUGGCACACCCAGGCCUUUCCCCCUCCCCCAGCUUUCCCCCCUCUCUCCCUUUCCUCUGAAACAGCUUUUUUUGGGUCUUUCCAAAAGUCCAUAUUGCAUAGAAAGUCCUGUUUUAGGUGGUUUUUUUUCCCCCCCUCCCUCCCCACCUUCUAAACCCAUUUGGAAACGUGCCAAGUUGUAUAUAUCUUUUAUCUGCUGCGUGGAUGUAAAAGCAAUACAAGUAGCUCCAUGUUCCUUUUUGAAUGGACCAAGCUUGUCCUAAUGUACAUUUCUUGUUCUUAUGAUGAUUAUUUUACUCUUGAGUGGAACAUGACUCAUUCCAUUAACUUUUAUGUGUUGAUAAAAA